AUGGGUGAGGUUCGGUACGAUGACGAGGACGAGGACGAGGGCCCGCAGCCGGACCCGACGCUCGAACAGGGCGUGCCGAUACCGGUGCGGCUGCAAGGCGGUUUCCCACCUGAGCUCGCCUCUACGCCGCUCGAGGACAUCGACAGCUACUAUCACAACCAGCGGACCUUCGUAGUGGUGAGCAAGGGCAAGGAUAUUUUUCGUUUCUCGGCAACGGACGCGUUAUGGAUACUGGACCCGUUCAACCCUAUACGCCGAGUCGCCAUUUAUAUUUUAGUGCAUCCCUUAUUUUCGCUUUUCAUCAUCACAACGAUCUUAGUCAACUGUAUUCUCAUGAUCAUGCCUUCCUCACCGACCGUCGAAUCCACAGAAGUCAUCUUCACGGCAAUCUACACGUUCGAAUCGGCUGUAAAAGUAAUGGCCCGAGGUUUCAUCUUGCAGCCUUUUACAUAUUUAAGAGACGCAUGGAACUGGCUAGACUUCGUAGUAAUAACAUUAGCUUAUGUAACGAUGGGUAUCGACUUGGGAAAUUUGGCUGCUCUCCGCACAUUUCGAGUGCUGCGAGCUUUAAAAACUGUCGCCAUCGUCCCAGGUUUGAAGACCAUCGUCGGAGCCGUCAUAGAGUCUGUGAAGAAUCUUCGGGAUGUGAUAAUUCUGACGAUGUUCUCAUUAUCUGUGUUCGCACUCAUGGGCUUACAAAUCUACAUGGGCGUCCUCACGCAAAAAUGCAUCAAAAAUUUUCCGGAGGACGGUUCAUGGGGAAACCUCACUGACGAAAACUGGGAGAGAUUCAUGAGCAAUGAAACGAAUUGGUAUGUUACGGAGAGCGGAGACAUGCCCUUAUGUGGAAAUUCGUCAGGUGCUGGUGAGUGCGCUCCGGGCUACAGGUGCCUUCAAGGAUUCGGCGGUAAUCCAAACUACGGGUACACGAGUUUUGAUACUUUCGGUUGGGCUUUUUUGUCGGCGUUCAGAUUGAUGACACAAGAUUACUGGGAAAAUUUAUAUCAAUUGGUAUUGCGAUCGGCUGGACCAUGGCAUAUGUUGUUCUUUAUAGUUAUUAUUUUUUUGGGAUCGUUCUAUCUGGUUAACUUGAUCUUGGCUAUCGUCGCGAUGUCGUACGAUGAAUUGACAAAGAAAGCAGAAGAGGAAGAAGCAGCUGAA